UUUGAUUCCCUUUUCUGGAUCAGAGAGGAAUCUUUUUUCACAAUUUUAUAUAUUACUUAUUUCCAUUUAAAAUUAAUACUCUUAAUUUCUUAGAAGCAAAGAAAACAAAAGGAGGGAGAAAGAAAAAGAAGAAAAGAUUUAAUUUUUUUCAAGAAUCUGUGUGUAUAUAAGGAAAAAAAAAAGACCCAUUUGACUGAACUGUCAAGCAAGUGGAGGAAUUUUGCAGUUGGGGAGUUGUUUUUUUUGUGAAGACUAAGAAGAAAAUGGCAUUGGGGAACAAUUGUGAAGAUUUGGGGCUAGGCAUUGUGAGGAGUACCUCGUUUGGGCGGAAGAGAGUCGCUUUAUCAAACACAGUUGACGUCGAUUUCAUUUCAACCACACCAACCAAGAGAAUCUGCAGCCAAAACUUGUUUUCUACAAACGACAAAUCUGUCCUUGAAUCGUUGCCUAAAGAUAUCUUGAUAAAAAUAUUAUGUAGAGUUGAUCACGACGAUUUAAAGAGUCUGUUUCAUUUAUCAAGGGCUCUUAGAGAAGCGUCCUUGAUUGCAAAAGGAUGGCAUUUUGACUUUAGCACACCAAGAAAGACACUUCCUUUUCGGGAUCCUCUUGAUGUGGAGGAGUUGGGUGAUACCGAUGAGGUAGAAAUGGCGCCAAAUGCUCCAAUGCAAUCAAAGGUUGCAAGGUCUCGGUUGAGCAGCAAGAAGCUGGCUGACAUCUCUGUAGCCUUGUUUCCCUCGGACAUUAAGGAGAUUGGCCGCGGAAACUGAGCUGCUUAAAGCACGAUUAUGUAUAGGUAUUGUUAUACUAGAAAUUCAGAAAGGAUAUCUAGUCAAAUGAAGGGCUAUCUUGACGAGGAGAUGCCCUUGAAGAUCAUUUACCAACUCAAAUGGAUAUCUUAGUCAAGUGAAGGGGUUGAUCUAAUAUCUUAUCGUGAAGAACGUAUUGGGAGGUUCCUUUGAAGAUCACUUAACCAACUCUGGAAGGACAUGAGUGGAGAAUUAUCACCGGAUUUGUUCAUUGAUAGACGAAACUCUCUCUUUAUCACAACAUUCCCUUAUGUGGUUCGUGCCUAGCUAGCUCCUAUUGGAAGUCCCAAUGGAAGUGUAGACUAGGCACGACGAUAGCAACGCAAACCAUGCCCACAAGGAAAUUUACAUAGUCAUUGUUCUUCAACCCUUUCAUAGAAGAGAUUAGCUAUGGCUUAUUUGUACAUAUUGAUAGGUUCAUUUCAUAAGAACUUUUUUUUAUUACAAGUAUGAUAAGUUCAGAUUUCUUCUUUUAUUAAAACUGAUGUUUCAUGUUUAAUGGAAUGAAAGUAACUUUUGCUGGUCCA